UGAAACAGUAAAAAGCUCCGCCAUGUUCGUUUAAAAACCAACUAACUCAAAGCAAAUCCUACAACUUCAUAUAACCAACAGAAAUGCCCUGUGGACACAACUCGCUUUUUCUUUCUUCCCUCCCACCACCUUUCCGUAAAAAACCCUCAAUCUCUAGUGGGUGUGCAAAAUGCUGCAGAGGCAGUCAAGUUCAUCUCGUGCACCUGAUGGAGAGCAUUUUACUACGCAGCCAAUACAGCAACAAGCCAUAUAUUCUCCAAGAAAUCUAAGGGUGUACACCUCCGGCGGUAGACUUCCUCUCUACUUCCGCCCUUAUAAUCCUUUAAGAAGAGAUUAUAGGGAGACUUUGCGUGCAAGAUUAGCUUCUGAGAAGUUGGUCCAUCUUAUUCCUGUCGUUCUUUUGCUCUGCCUCUUCAUUCUUUGGUGGUUCUCUUACCCAGCCAUGUUCAAUAAAUAUUUUCUGCUUUUGAAAGCAGUUAACCUGAUUAUCAAGGAUGGCAAGAUUGUGGAAGUACAACCUGUUGAGAUGCCACCUCCUUUUCGAUAAUAAUCAUGUUGAACUCACCAUCUUGGCGUCUACAAUGGCUCUAGUCGCAUCAGUUCCUCAGAAUUUCACAGUAACCGAUGAUACUGAAGCUCAUCCAGUAAAACUGAUUGAUGAAUCAUUUGUGGUUUAUGAGAAGAAAGCUUCUGGCAGGAACAAGAGAAAAAAAAAUUAUAAAUCAAUAUGUUGAUUACAGUAGAGAGAAGUACUUAGUUGUUCGAUAUGAUACUUGGUUGUUCAGUAUGAACGUAUGGCUAGAUGAUUCUUAUCAGGAAGUGAAAGAUAAAGGACAACUUUUAGCUACUAAAAUUCGUAGAGAAAACUAUGACUACUGAUGAGCUUGUACAAAUUUACAUAGAUGAAAUGAAGGAAAUUUUUUUU